AUGUUCUUGUUCGAUCUACUUGUUUCCGAGCCGCAGGUGGAAGCGGUGAUGGAUCGAAUCAAGGACAACAUUUCCUUGGAUCACAUGGCCCGGUUGCUUGUGGAUGUGCAGCAAGAUUCGUCGGGAAUCGUUGAUUCCAUCAUAUCGCAGCACCAGCGCGAGCUCCUCAACCUAAUUUUCCUUGGUGACGCUCCAAACCGGAACAAGGUAAACCUGAUCAUGGCGAAUGAGAUUACUCCUCACCUGACGGCGGAGGAGUACAUGGACAAGGGCGAAUAUGAGAACGAACUAAAGCAGGUCAUCGGGGACACAAAGGUGAUCGGUCGGAUUCAAGCUGAACGCGAGAUAGGAACGCACGACGAAAAUCUCGAGCGUUUCAAUCGUGAGGACAUAUCCCCGGGUAUUGGUAGUAUGUGGGGCAGUACAGAGGACAAGACGCCGCCAUUUCGCCACAAACGACGACCGGCAAAGACCUUGAGCCUCGACCCGCACCGAUACUUUGAUCCUCUCUGGGUGCCAACUCAAGCGGGGCACACUGUGACAUACGACAUUAUCGUCACGUCGGAUACGGACCCCACCGCACUCGAUCGCAUCAGGUAUCGAAUAUGCGCCAUGUCAAACGACAUCAUCGUGCUGGAGGAAAUUUUAGGCUACGUUUUGGAGGCACUGGACGUCAUUGAGGUUCCCCCGGAACCACCAGAGCAAGCGGGGCGGUCUCUGUACGAGCGAUUGGAAAUAUCUGGCAUGCGUUCUCAGCUGUUGCGAAGAUCCGCCGACUUGAAGAAGAAUGUUAGCGGAUCUCAACAGUACCUGGAUGUGUUACGGGAAAUGAGCGCGGUGCGAAAACGCAAGGGAAAACCCGAAACUGAUGCAGACAAAUCGGGCAACCACAAUCAAGCUCUCGAGAACUUUGAUGAUUUCGUACGGUACCAGGUGAGCGAAAACAAGAUGUUUCGGCUGAACGAGAGCUUGGAGAUGAACACCAAGAAGUUGUGUAACCUCAACGAGAGCAGUGACAAGUCCGCAAAGUCGCUCCAGAUCUUGCUGGUGAUGUUUGCCGGCAUGCUGGCGUUCGACGUGUUGGACCGUCUGACGGGAGACUGGACUGUGACCAACUCUGAUUGGUUCCAGGCGUUUUAUGUGGCUGUCAUUCAGAGUACUCCAAUUUUGUGGUUCAUAAUAUCGCUUCUAGUGUGGGGACUAGUGGCUCUGCUGGUUUGGAGAGUUUUCAAGAAGAUGCACUUCAGAUCUCAGGGGCUCACCACCAUUCGAACGCGAUUCUACCGCAAGGUAUUCCAAGACAAGCUUCAGGCGUGGCUGAAGUUCAAAGCCAUAUCGCUGGAAGAACGAAACUUUGACCUCAGCAACGAUCUGGUAAGGAUAACGUACGAGGAACGUCAUGCCGGAGACUGGGGGGGGUUUAAGCCGAAGGUCGUGGUGGAGUACGACGAAAGAAACAACUUCCUCAUGGCCAUCGAAGUCACGUACAACAGAAGAGAGGCUAAUAAGAACUUUGCUUACAACUACAGAGAGCUCAAGGACAAGAUCCAGCAGGAACUCGACACUGCACAGGGGUUUCAAAGCCUUUCUGAGAUCCCAACAGCGACGAACUCGAUAUCUCAGCCAACUAAAGACGUUGAUGACGCGUGA